AUGACGGUUGUUUUUCACAAAAUCUUAAGACCUAUUUUAAUUUUGUCUAAGUGUAUAGGUUUAAUUAAUAUUUCGUAUACCGUCAAAUCGACUGGAUUUUUGGUUCAGAAUACAAACUCAGCAUUUCAUGGAAUAUUAGAAAUAGCACGGAUGAUUGUGUUAUUGUUAUGCACUUAUAUAUAUUUUCAUCAGUUUGAUCCAGAAUUCCAUAUACUUCAAAUUUUAAAUAUUAUUAAACUUUGGAUUAUCAUUAUCGCUGCCAGACUAUCAACACCAUGGAUUAUCAAAUUUAUUAAUGGUAUUAUUGAGUUUGAUCGAAAAAUUGCACCAUUUUCAAUAAAUUUGUUGAUCCCACAGCGUUCAUGGAGAAAAAAACAAUGGGAUAUGAUUUUUAUUUCGUUAUUUUUAUACUUUAUUGGAUUUAAAUCCUUAUAUUUUUAUUUUUUACCCAUUAAAAUAGAAAACGUUGUAUCAUUGUUGAUAUACUAUUUAUUGUUCACUCUACCAUUUGUUAUUGAUUAUGUAGUUACGAUAUCUUCUUUUUUUUUUCUUCAAAGCUUAUAUGUCAGAUUUCAAACAUUAAACGAUUUUUGGAAAUGUCUUCCUACCGACUUAGUUGACGUUUCCCGCCAAUGGACACACGCCGAAAUAGUGGAUUUUAUGAAAAACACGCGGUUGUUACACUCAGAACUUUGCGGAUUGUUGAAAACGUUUACUCAAGGCUACGGUUCAAUGCUUUUGAGUUUCUUCGCGUCCAGCUUUAUCAAUUUGCUUCUCAGUGUUUAUUGUAUUGUCAACAAUGGACCAUUACCAGCUUCCCAUUCAUCGGCUAAUGUCUGGGAACAGAUAAUACCACUCAUAAUCAACGUACAGAUGGUCACGUUUUUGAUAUUUAUUAUCGUUUUUGUUUCAUUCAUAAACGAGAAGAAAAUGGAAAUGAUAUCAUAUCUACGAUUAUACAAAAUUUCAAAUUUACACUUGGACAUAAAACAACAAAUCAAAAUGUUUAUGAACCAAACAUCAGCAUGUGAUUCAAACCAAAUUUUGGCAUUUGGAUUUUUCGAUAUCAAUUUAAACCUCGUUACAACAAUACUUGUAUUAUUGAUUACUGGAAUAUUCACGCUAAUACAAAUGAAAGAUCACCCGAUGAUAUUGAAAUUAAAUAAUGACACUAAAUCCUUCUUGGGAAAAUUAUAA